AUGUUUGAUAAGGGUUAAGUUAAAUAAAUAAUACAGGAUACAAGUUUUGAUCAUAUCGUAGUGCUGAAUUGUGUUUGAUAAAUUGGAAGAUUGGAUAAAAUUAUUUUUUUCAUCCAUGUUCUAUAGAUAUCAAGAUUUUAAAUUUCAAACACGUUGGACUGAACAUUUUGCUAGCGGUUGUAGCAUCAAGUGCGCAAAUAAUAAUAACAGGUAAUUCGAAACUUUAGGGUUUUUUUCAUGUUUUUGCACAGUAUUAUAUACUUGAAACAAUUCGAAACAAUGAAUAGAUAAAUCUGUAGUUUAAUUUGGUUUAACUCAGCACUAGUGUGUAACAGAUGGUGGUCAACCUUUUCAUUAUAUGUAGUAGUCUUGUAUCUAGAAGAAAAUAAAGAAAUAUAGUUUACUCAAACCUACCAAUACCUGAUUCUUUUGUUUUAGGACCACAAAGAGAAGUGGUUUCAAUAUACAAAGAUGACUUUACCACCCCGGCAUCCAGACCUCAAUAUUUCAUCCAAGUUUAUCGAUGUGUUAAAGUUGAUGUGAGCGAAUGCCGCAGUGGACCGUCUGGGUACCCGGUUCCAAAAACAACGGCAGAAAUUGAGAUAGUGGUUCCGGAUAUAACAAACAGUAAAAAGUUUUAUAAACAUGUGGUUUAUAAUCACACGUCUUGUAAAUGUGGGAAAUUAGAGGAGAGGACGAAGAAACUGUAUAAAACCAUAACUAAUAACGAAGGUUAGUCAAGCUUACAGUGAGUAAAUACCAUGCAUGCAAUUACCUAAAAAGUGAAAUGAACAUGUUUCGUGAUUCAUUAACGUUUUUUCGUUCUUUAGAAAAUUUCGUCCGGCUAUAGUUUUUUGUGUUAAAAAAAUGUUCAUAUGAUAGGUUGAUGACAAUAUAAACCAGGCGAACACGGGAAGUCUCCCCUCAUCACUGAGUUAAAACUGCUAUACUGAAUAUCUAGGUUAGGGAAUUGUUACUUGAUGGAGUUGAUGCGCUUGGAAGCUCAUGUAAAGCGCAUUUUCCACUGGGCGAAUUUGUUCGCGCGAAAUGUCUUUGUCGGCAUCGCUUUGUGCAUUGUCGGCAUUUGCUGACAUGAUGAGCAAUGCUGACAAAGGAUAAACCAGCUGCGCGUGAACAAAUCCCCCCGGUGGAAAACGGGUUGUGCUUGGUUUUUUCGUGUACAUCGAGGGAUUUCCUCCGGUAUCUCUUCCCUGGGUUUUAUUCUCCCACCUCAAAGCAACCAUUCCACCUUGAGCUGCAUUCCAUAACGACAACCCGAGCCGCAUUAGUCAGCCUUCGACUCAGUAACGUUUCAGACCCUUCGCCAUCUCUCCCCACUACAAUACUUCAUGUAAACGCGUCAUAUGCGCAUCACUGUUUUCACGCCUGAGUACGAGGCAGUUUCACGUAAGUCAGGUCUUAACUGCAAGGAAAGGUGAUUAUUACACCGUAACUUUAAUCUGUGUUAAUUUCUCUUGCAGUGAGAGAAACUUAUUUCAAAGCGAAUUAUAAGAAAAAUCCAGUUAAUCUGAUGCGUGUGUGUAACGUUUGCAACAGUGCUCAACCAAGACAUCAACUCAAUCCAUACCAUGCCGAAGUUACCCCACCAUUUAAAUAUCUGGCGUACAAACAGUGCUUGCCUGGCAGCGUGGCGAUAGAAAAGAACACAUCUAAAGUUCAAAUUACCUUGACGAGUAAUAAUGAGAAGUCUGUCACCCUUAUAAAUGAUAUUUCAUGCAAAGCUUAUGAUGGAGAAAACGCUGGACGACGACAAUGCCUAAACCCUACAACACAACAUAGCCCAAGCCCUACAACACAAAAUAGACGAAACAGUACAACACAAAAUAGCCCAAAAACUGCAGGCCUAACAGGAGACUCAGGAGAUGGAAACCAGCGUGAUCAAGGUAAGAAUACUUAUUAUAGAAUACUUAUCAGAGAGGAGGCUUGUUAGAGAGUGGACUUAUUAGAGAGGGGCGUAUUAGAGAGGGGCGUGUUAGAGAGGGGCGCAUUAGAGAGUGGGCGUAUUGGAGACGGGGCUUAUUAGAGAGGGAGCGUUUUAGAAUGGGAGUGUAUUAGAGAGUGGGCUUGUUAGAGAGUGGGCCUAUUAGAGAGGGGCGUAUUAUAGAGGGGCGUGUUAGAGAGGGGGCUUAUUAGAGAGGGGGAUUGAUAUAGAGGGUAUGAGAAUUUACGCAAUUAGCCAUUUCCCAAUCGAGGAGAGGACUGGGUCUAGUUGAUGUUUGGAGGGAUAGCGAGUUAUAGUGAGCGAGCUAAAUAUAUAUUAAAAGAUGCCUUAUUAUAAUUGUUGCGUUUCAGGCUGCAGAAAUAACUUUAGGAAAGUAGGAAAACUUCCUAGAUGCCAUAUUCGGCUCAUUGUUUAUUUUUUGUCCCUCCAAACAAGCGACUAGACCCAGUCCCUGCUCUGUUCGAUUGGGAAAUGGCUAGUAGAGAAUUAAUGAUUAACAGGGAUUAUUUUGUUUCUGUUUAGAGGUAAAUUAUGAGAUUCUAGUUUACAUUGCUUCAGGCAAAGUUAUCCUCGCCGCGUUUUUACUGUCGUUGGUAUUAUUUACUAUAUUAAUUAUGGAUUUUACUCUUUGCCGUCGAAAGAAAGGAUUUCUUUACGCUUUGUUUGCCUGUAAAAGUGAUGACACGGAUCAUUUUUAUCAACGUUGCAGCGAAAGAAAUAGAAAUGAGAUUACAGUGUAA